CCGGCCGAAUGGCGCGCCGCAGCAGGUGGGUAGGGAGGCGGUGAGAUAAGGCGCUUGUCGCUGUCGCUUCUCCGGUCACCACUCUCUGCACUGCACUCACUCCCUCCUCGCCUACUUCUUGAUAUGGAGAAGGCGGCGUCCUUCCUCUCCUCCCUCCUCGGCACCGGCGGCGAGGAGGGGCCGUCGGGGGAGCCGGCGGCGACGGUGGCGUCCAUCCUCAUAUACCCCGUCAAGUCCUGCAAGGGCGUCUCCGUAACGCAGGCCCCCGUCACCGCCACCGGGUUCAGGUGGGACCGGCAGUGGCUGGUGGUGAACGCCAAGGGCAGGGCGCUCACGCAGCGGGUGGAGCCCAAGAUGGCGCUGGUCGAGGUGGAGUUGCCGCCGGCCGCCUUCGACGACGACUGGCAGCCCGCCCCUGACUCCUGCCUGGUUAUAAGAGCACCCGGGAUGGACACGCUGAAGGUCCCUCUUGCUGCGGAACACGCCACGCUUGACGACGUCUCCGUCUGGGAGUGGUCUGGUUCUGCUUAUGAUGAAGGCCCUGAAGCAGCUGAAUGGCUCUCCGCCUAUUUCGGGAAGCCAAGCCGGCUCGUGCGGUUUAAAGAAGAGUCCGAAAUCAGACCGACUAAUCCUGAGUAUGCUCAAGGCUACAAGCUCACCUUCACGGAUUGCUUCCCGUUCCUGAUAGCAUCCCAGGGCUCACUGGAUGCACUAAAUGAGCUUCUUAAGGAACCUGUACCAAUCAAUCGCUUCAGACCAAAUAUUUUAGUGGAUGGAUGCCACCCCUACGCAGAGGAUCUGUGGAAAACCAUAAAGAUAGACAAGCUAACAUUUGACGGUGUGAAGUUAUGCGACCGUUGCAAGGUGCCUACGGUUAAUCAAGAGAAUGGAAUACUUGGCACCGAACCUACAGAAACCAUGCUGACAUUCCGGUCCGGUGAAGUGCUCCGUCCGAGCCACAAGAAUAAGCAGAAGGUCUACUUUGGGCAAAAUCUGGUCUGCAAGGAAUCGGUAUCAGCAAAGGGCAAAGGGAGGAUCGUCAAGGUCGGCGACCCGGUUUACGUUCUUCAGACAUACCCUUCUUCCGAUGAAGUUCCAGCCUGAGCGAGGGCUUGGUAGUACGUACUGUAUCUGUGUUUAUGUGUGCGUCGAAGAGAUGACCGGGUCGGUUGAUUUUGUGUGCACAUUACGUAAAUUCAACUUAGCAAUAAAAGCUCGACGAGCGUGAUCGUCGUGCCCUCCAUCUCAAA